UGUUGAGUUGAACUGUAUGGAGCUUAUCAAUUUCCAAUUCCAGAGAGAGAAAAAUUGCAGAUACAUUUCCCAAACCUCACAGAGAGAUCUGAGCUUGUCGUGUUGUAUCUGUCUGUGAUGGAAUAGGAAUCGGAGUGCGGUGAAGAAAAUCAUAAAUUCGCAGAGGUAUAGCCCAAAAUACCGAAGACAGAAGGGGAUCUGAGUCUGCUGUAUUUGAUAGGUUUAGUAAUAAUCUCAUACAAGAUUUAUUUAGGUUUGAUAUACAAUAACAGUGUUGCUGAUCGAUGGAGCCGCUGAAAGGGGAGGAAAAUAAAGAGUCCCUGCCUCCGGAAUGGCCGUCCAAGCAGUUGAUGCCAGAUAAGGUUGCUGGAAGUAUUUCAAAUCGCGGGAAAAGAAAAAUCUCAGUUCGUCCUCUCCCUGUGGGUGUGUUUGGUAGGGUUGAUUUGGAGGGAUAGGGAGAGAAAAGAAAAGAGGAGAUAGUGUAGUGUGUGUUUGGGUAAGUUAAGUGGAGGUCAUUUGCUUUCUCCUCAAUUUUGAGAAGAUAGGGAGAGAAAAGAUAGUGAUUUUAGUAGUAUUUUGAUAAUACCAAAAUUAGCCUCCACAAAUCAAUACAUAGAUUUAUUAUUCCAUUCAAGUCCCGUGGUUAUGAAAAGAUAAAAAGUAAUUUGUCUAUUAUCUUUUUUUUUCUUUUCUCUCCUCUAUCUUAUCCAAACAAGAAUAACUAUCCUUUCUUUUCUUUUCUCCCCUGUCUAUCCAAACACAAAUAGAAAUUAUUACUAUCCUUUCUUUUCUUUUCUUUUCUUUUCUCACUAAACUAUAUUUUCUUUUCUUUUCUCUCAUAACUAAUACUAUCCAAACACACUCUAUAUUUACGUCACUUCCAAAAGGGGAAUAUGACGUCUUCUUGAAUUUAACAACUCUAGGCAUUCUUGACAUUUGCAUUAGUUACCUGAAACUCCGUCUCGAACAUGCAAGAGUUCGCACCUUAGGAUUCGAGCACCAGUUCUGUGAAGGAGACGAGGUUCACCCGGAACAACUCAAAGCAGUCGAGAAAUCGAAGAUCUCAAUCCCAAUAUUCUCCAAGAACUAUGCUUCCAGUAAACGGUGCCUCCGCGAGCUAGCCCAGAUGGUGGAGUGCAGGAGAGCUACGGAACAAUUGAUUUUGCCCAUAUUCUAUGACGUUAAACCCUCUGAUGUGAAGCAUCAAACAGGGAGUUACGAGGAGGCCUUCCGCAAGCACGAGAGUUGUACUGACGAAAGGACUGUUAAGCAAUGGAAGGUGGCCUUGGCAGAGGUUGGAGCUCUCAAGGGUUGGGAAUUCAAGGAGGAAAUAGAUGGGUUUCAAUUAGUUACGGAGUUGAUUGUUCCAGCGAUGUUGUUAGAGUUAAAAAAGAAGAUCAUGGAUGUCCCUGACUACUUGGUUGGCAUCGAUGAUCGGCGAAAAGAAAUGAUGGAGUUGUUAAAUGAAGACUCCGAUGAAGUGCGAGUUGUUGGUAUCUAUGGCAUCGGUGGUAUUGGCAAGACAACUAUUGCCAGGUACAUGUACGUGUUAGGAUAUGUGUGCCCUAGCAUAGUAAAUUCUAAUUUUGGAUUGUAAAAGUCAUGGUUUCUUAUCUGGAUAUUAUUAUUAAAGCAUUAUACAAUUGGUGAAUGAAAUGUAUUAUUUGUUCGAUUCA